CACAUUCUCGGGCUUUUUACGCUCAAAUGUUUCAUGACAAAAUCUCCCUUGAAAUUUAUUAUAUAACUAUAAUAAAAUAAAAAUUACCUAAAAGGAAACCCUACAUCCCCAAAUUAAGGGGCCCCUCCUACCUCCAUUAUCAUUUUCUCUCGUAUGGGCCCUUCCAUUUCUACUUGAUUCUUUGUAUGUGCGGUGAACGAGGAUCUAACACGCCACCUUCAUAUCCAGGGAACUCAGUAGCUUUCGAGCUAGAAAACGAGCAUGGAUUGACUAAUUAGCUUCGGAUUUCACUGAAAUCGGAGCGAUUGAAAACAAUAUUUUAGAAACGCCUCCUUCGGCCGUUUGCUUUUGUAAGGCAAGUAAAAUUUCCAAUAUUUUUGCUGUAUCUGAUGAGGCUGGAUUAAACUUGAUCCUCGUCGGUAGCUUUCUUCUGCUCAUCUUACCGUGAAAAUGCAGAAAAAGCAAGAAUCGAUGAUUGGAAAUGUUAAAUGUUUGGGUUCGCAUCCAACCAAUUCUGAUUUUGUUCUCUCUGGGUCGAGAGAUGGGUCCUUUGCCAUUUGGGACCUAAGAUGCAAGAGUAUCUCGAAAAGUAGAUGUGAUGAAGUCUGCCAUCCAUCAACUUCCAUGGUAAAAGGAGCUCAUCUUUCCUCUCAAGCAAGGCGGGGGAGGCGUGGCAAGGCUGCUGUCGCUGGAGUGCCUUUUGUAGAUGUCCUGACUACAGCUUACAACUUCAGAGUGGGAGGGUAUUACAAUGAAAGAUCAAAUACAAGAGUCCCAACGAAACAUGAUAAGCCAGUUGACCCAAAUGCUGAUCGGAGAGACUAAAAAAGGGAAAAGUACUAUGAAUAACCCUGAGAAUGAUAAUGAAAACCCUAUGUACCCUUCAUGCUUUACCCUAGUGAAUGUCCAGGCUCAAUUAGAUACAUAUUCAUGAAUGGUACCCGUUACCAUAAGACCUUAACAAUAUCAAGCCGACA